AUGGCACAUAACUACGAAGUUGGAACGCGGGCCUGGCAACCAGAUCCGACUGAAGGAUGGAUCGCAUCCGAGGUGAAGGAAAAAUUGGUUGAUGGGGAUAAGGUUCAGCUUGUGUUCGCAUUGGAAAAUGGGGAGUCGAAAACAUUGGAUACAACGCAAAUCGAAUUGCAGUUGGGCAAUAGCUCAAAUUUACCUCCCUUAAUGAACCCGGCCAUGUUGGAAGCUAGCGAAGAUCUUACCAAUCUCUCUCAUUUAAAUGAGCCUGCCGUGCUGCAGGCUAUUAAACUCCGGUAUGCGCAGAAGGAAAUAUAUACAUAUAGCGGGAUAGUCCUCAUCGCGACAAAUCCUUUCGCCCGAGUCGACUCUCUCUAUGUUCCACAAAUGGUGCAAGUGUACGCUGGGAAACAACGGGCAUCACAGGCGCCUCAUUUAUUCGCCAUCGCUGAAGAAGCAUUUGCUGAUAUGUUACGAGAUGGAAAGAAUCAAACAAUUGUCGUCUCCGGAGAGUCGGGGGCCGGGAAGACGGUUAGCGCCAAAUACAUCAUGAGGUAUUUCGCAACUCGUGAAUCCUCUGACCAACCCGGCAAAUAUACCACAAGCAGAGCGGAUGCGAUUAGUGAAACAGAGGAGCAAAUAUUGGCCACAAACCCGGUUAUGGAAGCUUUCGGUAACGCCAAAACCACGCGCAAUGAUAAUUCUUCUCGGUUUGGAAAGUAUAUCGAGAUCAUGUUCGAUGAUAGAACCAAUAUCAUUGGUGCAAAGAUCAGAACAUAUCUUUUGGAACGGUCACGAUUGGUAUUCCAACCUCUCAAGGAACGAAACUAUCACAUUUUCUACCAGCUUGUUGCUGGUGCAACAGAUGACGAAAAACAAGAUCUUGGUUUAGGCUCGGCUGAGGACUUUGACUAUCUCAAUCAAGGGGGAACGCCCACUAUUGAUGGUGUAGAUGACAAGAUGGAAUUCAAUGCGACAAGGAGAUCUCUUAGCACCAUUGGCGUAUCGGAUAAGACACAAACCGAAAUAUUUCGCAUUCUUGCAGCUCUUUUACACCUCGGCAAUGUUAAAAUCACCGCGACUAGAACCGACUCAACUCUAUCCCCCUCAGAACCAUCUCUUAUCCGAGCCUGUGAAAUAUUUGGAAUCGAUACCAAUGAAUUUGCUAAAUGGAUAGUCAAGAAGCAGCUUAUCACAAGGGGUGAGAAGAUUACCUCAAAUUUGACACAACAACAGGCCAUAGUCGUGAGGGACUCAGUCGCAAAAUUCAUAUAUUCAAGUCUGUUCGAUUGGCUUGUCGAGAAAAUUAACUGCGGUCUGGCAACUGACAAAGUUCUAAGCAAGUUCAAAGCUUUCAUUGGAGUUCUGGAUAUAUACGGAUUCGAACACUUCGCUAAGAACUCCUUUGAACAGUUCUGCAUCAACUACGCCAAUGAAAAACUCCAGCAAGAGUUUAACCAGCAUGUUUUUAAACUCGAGCAAGAAGAAUACGUACGGGAACAAAUAGAUUGGACUUUCAUUGAUUUCUCAGACAAUCAGCCGUGCAUUGAUCUGAUUGAAGCGAAGUUAGGUAUUUUGUCCCUUUUGGAUGAAGAGUCGCGACUGCCAAUGGGCUCUGAUGAACAGUUUGUGACUAAGCUGCAUCACAAUUUUGCCGCGGAUAAACAGAAAUUCUACAAAAAACCCCGAUUUGGGAAAUCGGCAUUCACGAUAUGUCACUACGCGAUUGACGUAACUUACGAAUCUGAUGGCUUUAUAGAGAAGAACAGGGAUACUGUCCCAGAUGAGCAUAUGGAAAUUUUACGCAACUCUUCAAAUGAAUUUGUCAGAGAGAUCUUAGACACAGCAGCUGCCGUACGCGAGAAGGAUUCGGCUGCCAUUUCGUCUAAGCCCGUUGCUGCUCCAGGUCGUAAAAUCGGUGUUGCUGUUAAUCGCAAACCUACACUUGGUGGAAUUUUCAAAUCAUCCUUGAUUGAGCUCAUGAAUACAAUCAACUCCACAGAUGUGCAUUAUAUUCGCUGUAUCAAACCUAACGAGGCGAAGGAGGCAUGGAAGUUCGAAGGACCAAUGGUCCUCAGUCAAUUAAGGGCUUGUGGUGUCCUUGAGACAGUUCGCAUCAGCACUGCUGGGUACCCAACCCGCUGGACGUAUGAGGAAUUUGCUAUCCGCUAUUACAUGCUUUGUCAUUCCUCACAAUGGACAUCUGAAAUCAGAGAGAUGUGCCAUGCAAUUCUCCAAAAAGCUCUUGGAGACGGUAGCCACCAGAAAGAGGAUAAAUACCAACUAGGUCUAACGAAAAUAUUCUUCCGAGCGGGCAUGCUUGCUUUCCUUGAAAAUUUGCGCACGUCCAGGCUGAAUGAAUGUGCUAUAAUGAUACAGAAGAAUUUGCGGUGCAAAUACUAUAGACGUCGGUAUCUUGAAGCCCGUGCUUCUAUUCUCACAACCCAGGCGCUUAUUAGGGGCUUUUUGGCAAGACAGCGUGCGGCGGAGGUGCGCCAAGUUAAGGCCGCUACGACAAUCCAGAGAAUAUGGAGGGGGCAGAAGGAAAGGAAAAAUUACGCCCGCAUUCGUGGGAACUUUAUCCUAUUCCAGUCGGUUGCCAAGGGAUUCCUCUGCCGCCGGAACAUUAUGGACACUAUUCAUGGCAAUGCAGCAAAGGUUAUACAGAGCUCGUUCCGUUCUUGGAGGCAGUUGCGCGCCUGGCGACAGUAUCGCAGAAAAGUAAUGAUUGUCCAGAAUCUCUGGAGGGGCAAACAGGCCAGAAAACAAUACAAAAAGCUUCGAGAGGAUGCGCGAGAUCUGAAGCAGAUAUCCUACAAGUUGGAGAACAAGGUGGUGGAAUUAACACAGUAUCUGGAGUCUUUGAAGCGUGAAAACAAGUCAUUGAACUCGCAGCUAGAGAAUUACGAGACCCAGAUAAAGUCAUGGAGGAGCCGUCAUAAUGCUUUGGAGAAUCGCACGAGAGAGCUCCAGGCUGAGGCAAAUCAAGCUGGCAUUACUGCUGCCCGAUUGAUUGCUAUGGAGGAGGAAAUGAGCAGGUUGCAGCAGAACCACAACGACGCACAGGCAACUAUCAGGCGUCUACAAGAGGAAGAAAGAGCUUCGCGGGAAUCAAUACAUACCGCUAACCAGGAACUGGAGGGUCUCAAGCGUCUGAACACUGAAGCUGAAAAUGAAAAAUUAUCUCUUCGUCAGCAAGUUGCCGACCUAGAAGAGCAACUAGAGCUUGCAAAACAAGCCAUGCCUGUGAAUGGAUUAAGUGGAGAACAACAUAAUGGCGGAGCGAUCCAGCCCCCUGCAAGUGGUUUGAUCAAUCUAGUCUCCUCGAAAAAACCAAAACCUAAGCGACGAAGCGCAGGUGCAGAAAAGAUUGAUACCGAUCGCUUCAGUGGUGCUUACAAUCCACGGCCUGUGUCCAUGGCAAUCCCAAGUUCUCUCGCUCGUCACAAUCUUUCCGGCACAACACUUUCUCAAGGUAUAGAUUCCGUUGAAGUUGAGCUUGAAAAUUUGCUGUCUGAGGAAGAUGACCUCAACGAAGAAGUAACAAUGGGCCUAAUACGUAACCUCAAAAUCCCAUUACCUAGCUCCACGCCGCCUCCAACGGAAAAGGAAGUCCUGUUUCCUGCUUAUCUGAUCAAUCUCGUCACUUCUGAGAUGUGGAACAACGGCUUUGUUAAGGAAUCCGAGCGUUUCUUGGCCAACGUGAUGCAGUCAAUCCAGCAAGAGGUCAUGCAGCAUGAUGGUGAUGAUGCUAUCAACCCUGGAGCCUUCUGGCUCUCUAACGUACACGAGAUGCUUUCGUUUGUAUUUCUAGCUGAGGAUUGGUAUGAAGCGCAGAAAACCGACAAUUACGAGUAUGAUCGUCUAUUGGAGAUUGUGAAGCAUGACUUGGAAAGCCUGGAAUUCAAUAUAUACCAUACUUGGAUGAAAGUCUUAAAGAAGAAACUUUUUAAGAUGAUCGUCCCAGCAAUUAUUGAAUCCCAGUCCCUACCAGGGUUUGUUACAAGCGAGACAAAUCGCUUCCUAGGAAAACUCCUACCCUCCAACAAUAAUCCAGCUUACAGUAUGGAUAAUCUCCUCAGCCUCUUAAACAAUGUCUACAGGGCAAUGAGAGCUUUCUACCUCGAGGAUUCCAUAAUCACCCAGACUGUUACUGAGCUUCUACGCCUUGUUGGUGUUACCGCCUUCAACGACCUUCUUAUGCGGAGAAACUUUCUAUCGUGGAAACGCGGCCUCCAGAUCAAUUAUAAUAUAACGCGCAUUGAGGAGUGGUGUAAAAGUCAUGACAUGCCUGAAGGUACAUUACAGCUGGAGCACUUGAUGCAAGCGACUAAACUUCUCCAGCUCAAGAAGGCUACGCUUAACGACAUUGAAAUUAUCCAGGAUAUUUGUUGGAUGCUGUCACCUAACCAAAUACAAAAACUUUUGAACCAGUAUCUUGUAGCAGAUUAUGAACAGCCUAUCAAUGGCGAGAUCAUGAAGGCAGUAGCCUCUCGUGUCACUGAAAAGAGCGACGUCCUCUUGUUGGCCCCUGUUGACAUGGAGGAUAGCGGGCCAUACGAGAUUGCAGAACCACGAGUUAUCACUGCUUUAGAGACAUACACACCGUCUUGGCUCCAAACACCCCGAUUGAAACGUCUUGCAGAGAUUGUUUCCGCUCAGGCAAUGGCACAACAGGAGAGGAUUGAGUUGGCGGAAAAUGGUAGCGUCUCUGCCGAGUGA